UGCAAAAUGAACAGAAAGGCUGUGCGACUGCGAAAGCCUUCGCACUGAACUUAACCACUAACGCUUGUCAUUGUCUGGAAAUAAUGUGACACCAGUUGCAGUUUCGGGGCUAUCAGACAACUUCGAGUUCACUGCUCACCUCAUUGAUCAAACAGACUGCAGGGGCUUUGGAGCUUCUGAGAAGAAAACUAACUGCAGGAAGCCCUAUUACACAAAACAGCUCUGAAACUCUCGAGUGUGCCAAGUGCCGUUAUCUUAAAUUGUCUCCACCUACGAAUGUCAGAAGAUACAUUGCUCAUAUUCAAACCACUAGAAGAGUGGGCUAAGCCCACAGUGUACAGAGUCACGAGGCGUGUACAACAGGAGAGGCAGUUAAUGAGAACAUCAUGAAAAAUAGAUCAACCAGUUGAAAUGUCAUGAGAAGGUCAGCAGAGAGAAAAUACUUUACAGCCAUAUUGUGGAACAUUGAAGGGAUAAGAAAUUAAUGCAAUCAAGGCACGGAUACAGAAAGAGUUGAUGGCAAUGAUGCAACUUUAUCCAUCACGGUUUUUAUUACUACACCUACCAACCUGGGGCACAAGAUUUUAUUGUCAGUUGUCAACUCAAUUUGUCUGUAAAAGCCUGGUGACUGUCGUGAUCAAGCAUUAAUCCCAAGUCUGAAUUUCAUGGUUAAAGAACAACAGUAGCAACUUAGAAAAUUAUUGACUUCAUUAUAUUUAUUUUUCACUAUUUCUGAGAAAUAACUUCUUUGAAUUUAUUUCAUUUAUUUUUCAUAACUUCCAAAAUCAAGCCAUUCCAAGACAUCUAUUCUACAAUUAUUUAGCUAAAAAGAACUUUGCUGCUGGACGUUUUCUGGUAAAGGGCAAUCGGAAAAUGGCAUGCAAUUCUAGUGGCAGUUUGAAGGACGAUAUUUAUUUCCUGUAUGCCAUUGUGUAUACUGUAAUAUUGAUACCUGGCUUCAUAGCAAAUCUCCUGGCUCUCUGGGUGUUCUAUGCUUAUGUCAAAGAAACCAAAAGAGCUGUGAUAUUUAUGAUCAACUUGGCCGUUGCAGACUUAGCACAAGUCCUGUCUUUGCCACUCCGAAUAUUCUAUUACCUGAACAAAACAUGGUAUUUUGGCAAAUUUUUGUGCAUUUUUUGUUUUUACCUGAAAUAUGUGAACAUGUAUGCAAGUAUAUACUUCCUGGUCUGUAUCAGUGUUCGACGAUGCCUGUAUCUCAUCUAUCCUUUCAGAUACAAUGACUGUAAACGCAGAUAUGAUGUUUAUGUAUGCAUUAUAGGGUGGAUAGCUGUUGGCCUUGGUUGCUUGCCGUUUCCACUAAUGAGGUUGGAACAAAAUCAAACAAAUUUCAGCAGUUGUUUUGCAGAUCUUCCUCUUAAGGAUGUUGGGACGACAACCUCUAUUAUUAUGGUAACUUUGGCUGAGCUAACAGGAUUUGUGGUACCUCUCAUUGUUACUGGAAUUUGCUCAUGGAAAACCAUCAUGUCCCUAAGAGAAAACACAGUUCUUCAAGACCAUGGCGAAAAAAGGAAAGCCUUAAAAAUGAUUUUGACUUGCACAAUAGUCUUUCUGAUUUGCUUUGUGCCAUAUCACAUUAGCUUUCCCUUGGCCUUUUUGACAAAAUCAGGAAAGAUCGAAAAUUGCUCUGCCAGAAAGUUUAUUGACAUCUUCCACCCAGUGGCAUUGUGUCUUGCCAGCUUGAACUGUUGCUUGGAUCCAAUAAUAUACUAUUUCACUACAGAUGAAUUCAGGAGGCGAUUAUCACGUCAAGAUGUCACUGAAAACAUGAUUCCACUUCAGUCCCUGGAAUACACACAACGGUCUUCCAUUUCAUCCUCAGGAAUUAGCAACAAAUUGCACUCGUAAAACCCCUUUCACACAGGAAAAUGAAUCAAAGAGAUUCACAGAGAUGGAGUAGAUUCUGAGUAGGGUGGAAGGUGAGGAAUGGGGAUUACGAGUGCCCGAAAGCCAGUGAGGUUUUUAAGAAUGGAUUUUAAAGUAGAAAUGGUUUUGGAGGUGAGAGGCAGAGUAAUAUGGGGAGAGAGAACUUCAGAAAACAGGGAAAAGGGCUGACAGUUCAUCUGCUAAUGGUGGAGCAAAAGGGAGACGGGUACACGAAGCAGACCAAAGUUAGCAUAGUAGGGAAGUAAGACUGCAACAGCUAACAGUGAUAAGAUGCGGAAGGAGCAUUGUGGCUUUAAACGUUAGCACAAGAAUCCUGAAGUUGAGCCUAGUGAAGAUGUGGAGGGUGGUAAUGGGCUCCCAAAGCAGUCUAAGGGAAAAGUUAUCUAAAGCUUGUGGAGGAUUGAGCUAGAAAGGCUAACAAAAGCAUGUAAGGAAUCAAGUCUGGUAACAAACCCAUGGAAGAAUGUUGUGUUUCGGCUGCCAUGGGAAGG